GCAGAGAAAUUUGGUGAUUCUUUUGUACUUGAAUCAAGAGUAAGCAAAGAAAUUCAGAAAAACAUUCACCAAGCAGUUGCUGCAGCUCCUUGGUGGGUACCUGUAAAAGGUGCUUACUGGAGAAACCCAGAGGGACCAGAUUCAAAUCUAACAGACAGGAUGGAUCAUCCAGUUCUUCAUGUUUCAUGGAAUGAUGCGGUAGAAUUUUGUAAAUGGGCCAACAAGAGRCUUCCUACUGAGGCUGAGUUUGAAUAUGCAAUGAAAGGGGGAUCAGAUGAUACACUAUAUCCUUGGGGCAAUAAAUUAAAGAAAGGCGGUAAAUUCAUGGCUAAUUUAUGGCAAGGAAACUUUCCCGUAAAGAAUACAGCUAAAGAUGGUUAUGAAGGCACAUGUCCUGUCACAGCAUUCCCACCUAAUGGCUAUGGACUGUACAAUAUGGUUGGUAAUGCAUGGGAAUGGACAGCGGACUGGUGGACUAUCAGACAUACAAAAGAUUUCCAGGAUAAUCCUACUGGUCCUCUAACUGGAAAAGACAAGGUGAAAAAAGGAGGCUCCUACAUGUGUCAUAAGUCUUAUUGCUACCGGUAUCGGAGUGCUGCAAGGAGUCAAAACUCACCGGACACUACAGCCUCUAACCUUGGAUUUCGAUGUGCUGCAGAUUCUUUGCCUGAGGGAGUUAAACUACUUAAAAAUAGUAAAAAUGAAAAUAAAAGAUAAACAAAAAACAUCUCUUAAAUCUUCAAAUGAUUACCAUCCUCAUUAUCAUUAUCAUCAUCAUCAUCAUCAUCAUUAUUUAUUAUUAUAAAAAAGUAAUCGGAGUGAAGUAUGAAGCAAAUAAAUUAUUAGUCAAAAGAAAGAAAUCUAAAAUAUUAGAAAUAGAAGAGUUCGCUGAGGCGAAAUAACAAGAUAUAAUUAUAAUAUGAACUUUUUGGUAAAAUAAAAGCAACAAGCAGUAUAUUAACGUACGCGAAUAUCUGUUUAGCACUAUUUUAGGCUAAGUAAACUUCACAACGUAUGCAACCGUUCUCAGGCUAAUAGUGGCUUGUAAAUAUCUAGAAAUUUGAACAGUAAUACGAACAAAACUCCGAGAAAUCAUUGAGGAAACCAUUCUGUUAAAUUUGAGAUAAGAAAACGUUUAAAGGUGACCUGCUCCAUCUCUAUCCUUCACGAUUAGUCAUUUGAUGACAGUAAAUAUUUAUUACUAUUCAUUGAUAUUAUUAUUUAGCAAUAAUAUUUAGCAAUCUGUUCCUCAAAGCCUGAAGAAGAUCCUUCUAAGUACCUCAAUUAGUCUUCAAACGUUUGUUUCCGUGCACUAGUGCAAACAUUAACUUUAGCGGGCCAUUUCCCGCUUAAUUCUCUGUGCAGCUCUAUACACAAACACGACACCUUGUACAUGGCAACCCUUUGUUCUACAAACAAACCUCGACCGCAAUCACAAUGGACUUUUUGUAGAACUUAUCAUUUUACCUACUCAAACCUUGCAAUCACGCCGGUAGAGAUGGGUCGUUUAUCUGGACUGGUUUUGCUUUGUCUUUUGAAUGCCGUCGUUUUGGGAGCGAUGAAAUGUCCCCACUACGACGAACCCAAGAAUGGCUACCUAACGUGCAAACUGCUAACGCCAGGGCCAGACAUGCGCUGUGAGGCUAAGUGUAACAAAGGGUACAAGUUUGAUGGUGCUGUUGCUAGUUUUUAUCUAUGUUUCUAUGGUCGUUGGUUACCAGUCUGUCCAUCCGAUAGUACUUGCCCCACCACCCUACCCUGGCCUGACUGCAUUAAAUCAGGAUGAUGACGAUAAAUAACAUUGUGGAAAUACACGUACAAUACCAAUAUAUAUAUAAUAACGAAACUAUAUACUGCAGUAAAGAAUUUUAAACUGUAUUAAUUAUUAUCUGAGUAGCGUUGUUUGGGAGAAUUAAACAGCUUUAUUGUAA